UUUCUUGGUAAAUUAUGCGCAGCAAUGGAUGUUGGGUUAUUUUGUCAACAGCCGUUGCUGGAGAGAAUGAUUACAUGAGUGACGUUGUUAGUCUAGUUUGAAAAUACGACAUUCAAGAGUCCCAUUUCAUAAACACAUUAUUGUUAAAGGGCAUGGUACGAAUCCAUCAGAGAAAAUAUAAGGACCGUAACAUAGGUAUCCAAACACAAAUUACUUGAGAUUGAAAGUCACUAAAUUAGAAUUAUAACUACAUAAUAGCUUGUAAGCAUGGAUUCCCUGCUCCGCAGUGAGAAAAUGACCUUGUGUCAAAUGUUUCUUCAGUCAGAAGCAGCCUAUACAUGUGUCUCAGAGCUGGGAGAGUUGGGAUUAGUCCAGUUCAGAGAUCUGAAUCCAGAUGUCAAUGCUUUUCAAAGAAAAUUUGUCAAUGAAAUUCGUCGAUGUGAGGAAAUGGAAAGAAAACUGAGAUUUCUUGAGAAAGAAAUCAAUAAAGAUGGUAUACCAAUGUUGAACACUGGAGAUAACCCUGAUGCACCAGCAGCAAGGGAAAUGAUUGAUCUUGAGACCACUUUUGAGAAGUUAGAGAAUGAGAUGAAGGAAGUCAACUCCAACUCUGAAGCCCUGAAACGUAACUUCCUGGAGUUAACAGAACUCAAGCACAUUCUCAGAAAAACACAAACCUUUUUUGAUGAGGCAUUGUUCCAUCAUCAGGCCCUGCAUGACCCGAGUAUGACAGAAGAGAGGAUUGGUUUGUUAGGAGAUGAACAGACAGUCAGACCUGGACAAACAAUGAGAUUAGGAUUUGUUGCGGGUGUAAUUUUAAGAGAAAGAAUACCAUCCUUUGAAGUGAUGUUGUGGCGUAUCUGCCGAGGCAAUGUCUUUCUAAGGCAGGCAGAGAUUGACUCUCCCAUGGAAGAUCCAGUCACAGGAGACAAUGUGCACAAGUCUGUUUUUAUCAUUUUCUUCCAAGGAGAACAACUGAAAGCUCGAAUUAAAAAGAUUUGUGAGGGAUAUCGAGCAACUCUGUACCCCUGUCCUGAAACUCAAACAGAAAGAAGAGAAAUGGCUAUUGGUGUUAUGACAAGAAUUGAAGAUCUAAAUACAGUACUGGGGCAGACUCAGGACCAUCGGCACCGUGUCCUUGUGGCAGCUGCCAAGAACAUCAAAGUCUGGUUUAUCAAAGUUCGCAAGAUCAAAGCAAUCUACCACACUUUGAACAUGUUCAACUUGGAUGUCACUCAGAAAUGUCUCAUUGCUGAAUGCUGGUGUCCAGUCUCUGACCUUGACCGUAUCCAACAUGCACUCAGGAGAGGAACAGAAAGAAGUGGAAGCAGUGUUCCUUGUAUCAUCAACCGCAUGCAGACACACAUGGUUCCACCCACAUACAAUCGUUGCAAUAAAUUUACUCAAGGAUUUCAAAACAUUGUAGAUGCUUAUGGAGUAGCAGCUUACAGAGAAGUCAAUCCUGCUCCUUUCACUUGUAUUACCUUCCCCUUUCUGUUUGCUGUGAUGUUUGGAGACAUGGGCCAUGGUUUAAUCAUGUUUCUGUUUGCUUUGUUCCUGGUCGUGAAAGAGAAGUCUCUGGAAUCGAAAAGAAAUUCUAAUGAGAUUUUCCGCACUUUUUUUGGUGGGCGCUACAUCAUUUUGUUGAUGGGAGCAUUCUCUGUCUACACUGGAUUCAUGUACAAUGAUAUUUUUUCCAAGCCACUCAAUUUCUUUGGGAGCCAAUGGGCAGUAACACAUGGAGAUCCACAUUACAGUAUAGAGGAGCUUUACAGGAAUGAAAAGAUUGGCUUUGAUCCAAAUCAAACUUUUUUGGGAUCACCUUAUCCCAUGGGCAUAGACCCUAUCUGGCAGUUUGCCUUCAACAAGAUUGCAUUUACAAACUCAUUGAAGAUGAAGAUGUCUGUCAUCUUGGGAGUCUCUCAAAUGUUUUUUGGAAUAGCUCUAAGCUAUUUUAACCACAGAUAUUUCAACAAACCUUUAAACCUGAUCUUUGACUUCAUCCCAAUGAUCAUCUUCUUGUUCUGCAUGUUUGGCUACCUCAUCAUCUUGUUAUUUGUCAAGUGGAUCAAGUACUCGCCCAGUCAGUCUCAUGAUGCUCCAAGUCUUCUCAUAGGCUUGAUUGACAUGUUCCUGUUCAACUAUGCUAAGUAUGUUAGUCCAGGAUCUCCUGUUAGAGAUGACCAAAAGCAGUUUAUUUACAAUGGACAGCAAGGAUUCCAGAGUUUUCUGGUUGUGUUGGCAGUACUGUGUGUGCCCUGGAUGAUGUUAGGCAAACCACUGUACAUUAGGUACAUGAAGAAAUAUGGACAGAGGGCAGAUUUUCAGAUGGUGCCACAAGACGAGGAAGAAGAGGAGGAAGUAAUGUUUACUACCUCGCCCAAUGUAGUCUCCCCUACUAACUAUAGCUUUAAUGAUGGCAAGUUUAAACACCAGCCCUUGUCUGUGAACAGUGGUGACCUGCUGGGAGGUGGAGGGAGCGAAGAGGUGGUCCACAACUUGGAGAGUAAUGGAGCAUUGCAUACAGAGGAGGCUGUUGAAGAGGAACAUGUGGACCUGAGUGAGAUAUUUAUUCACCAAGCUAUCCACACUAUUGAGUUCUGCUUGGGCUGUAUUUCUCAUACUGCAUCCUACCUGCGACUUUGGGCCUUGUCUCUAGCCCAUGCUCAGUUGUCUGAAGUAUUAUGGACACUAGUGUUCCGUAUAGGAUUUGGCCUGCCAAAAACAUAUGGAAGUAUCAUACUGUUUUUCAUUUUCCAAAUCUGGGCAGGCAUGACUGUAUUGAUCCUUGUCUUGAUGGAAGGAUUGUCUGCUUUUCUCCAUGCUCUCAGGCUUCACUGGGUGGAGUUUCAGUCCAAGUUUUAUGAUGGAUCAGGUCACAUGUUCACGCCAUUCUCCUUUAGUCAUAUCAUAGAUGGAGGCUUAGAUGAAUAGUUCAGAAGUCAUCUACUGCAUCCAACCUAUGCUAGAUUUGCAUGCUUCUUGGCCAGAUGUUAUCAGUUUUUAAUUUUAUCAUUAGCUGUGAUCUCUUUGAUUUUCUUUUAAAUAGAAUAAUGAAGUCGUUGUGUUUGAAAAUUAUUUAAUUUCCAUAAAUUUUGUUGUGCAUGAUUUUUAACAUGACAUUGGGCUCUCUGGUGACAUUAAGGUCACAUGUUCUUCAAAUUGUAUUAACUGGUGUGUAGUUAACUUCGUAAACCUAAACUUUGUAAAUCAAAAAGUCAAAGACAUUUUUCAAGUAAUGUAACAAUACAAGGUUAAAUUUUAAAAAAUCAUAUUUUGUUUUUCUGUGCAUUAUUAAAUUGAAUAUGAACUUAUAAAAUUCUUAUAUUACAAAUUAGUCCAUACAAUUAACUUAAUAACACAAGUUGAUGUUUCAUUUUUCUUAUUGAAGAAUAUAUUUUUAAAGUUUGUAUUUAGUUUAUGGGUUUGUCUUGAUCAAGUCCAAAUUAUUUGUAGUUCCUUAAAGUUAUAAGCCUGUUAUACACUAUAUCUCUGUUGUUUAUACAAUAUAGGUCUGUAAAUGCAUUACUAGAGUCUUUAAGAAAUAUGUCUAAAAUCCAUGAAAAUGACCACCAUAAUAACCAGCAGCACACCUCCAUGUAGCUUCGGGUGUCACACAGUUUAAGUUUUACUUUGUUGAUCUGAUUUAUUUUUGUAUUCAUUAUGUCAUGUUGAAUAUAGAUUUGGUCUGAUGUAAUAUAUUUAAUAGAAUUUGUCUUGAAAGUUUAUCUGGAAUGAAAUGUAGAUAAAAAUAUUUUGCACAACCAGGUUAAAUUUCUUAGUCAGGUAUGCACAAUUAAAAAACCUAUUGAAUCUAAUAGCAAAGUUGCAAACCAUCAGUAAAUAUACAGACAUCUCAUAAAUAAUAGGACAUCCAGUUAAAAAAAAAAGUUUAUUAAAGAAAAGUUAAUGGAAUGUCUGUAAUGUUUUGUUUAAGCCUUUGACCAGGACAGGUUAAAAACACAAGAGUAUUUCUUUCAUUUUAUUCAUUUGAAUUCUGCUAUCUCCAUAACUUUUCAAUGAGGUCUAAUUUGGACGUGAUUGUUGCUUACAAUCAGUAGCUGCCUUUUUUUGUUUGUUUCUUCAAGUGAAUAUAGAGUUAGUACUAAUUAAUUUGGUGUAUUAACUACACUUGUCAAGUAAUUGUGACAAAAUGAUUAUGUCCAAGUAAUGGUAUUCUGGAAAGCACUGUAUCUCACUGUAUGUUUGUACCUCAUCCUCAUGGGAUAUUUAAACUUGUUUCUCCUGCAUUUACUAAUUAUUUAUUUUUUUAAAUGGAUUUCACUCACAAGUAAAAUAUCAUUUCCUAUGCCAUGUAAACUGCUUUCCAUUUUUCAGUCAGAUCUAAAGUGAACAUUUCUGCUUCUGUAUAUGUUUGUGGAUUUAAUCUCACAAGAUUAAAAAGAAAGAGAAUUCCAAAAGGUUUCUGGAUGCGAAUUAAGAAAAUUAAUAAUGUCUUAGUUAAACAUUCUGUUCAUAGAAAUAUAUUUCUAGUGUAGCCAAGAAAAGGAUUGUAUUAAAACCAUUGACUUGACAACCUAGUGCUCAUCUUGGAUGAAUGUUACUUUUAAUGUGUCAUUGUCAUAGCAUUAUUGUUAUUUGUGAGCCAUCCUAUUUGUGCAAUUUUCCUUUAUUGUCAAUCUAAUAUUACUUGAAUUUAUCUAUUAUUUUCAAGUUGCCUUUGUUUAUAUGUAGUUGUAUAUACAUUUUUUUUUAAACUGCUCAGUUGAAAACAUUGUGUUUCUUUUUAACUAAAUAUAAUGUUUUUUUUGAGGGUCUACAGUUACUUUAGAGGUUCAUUUUAAUAAAUUUAAAUAAUACAGUCAGACAAAAUCUUAAAAAUUCUUUGAGACACAAAGAUAGAAGCACAUUUCUUAUUUAUAAGCUAGGACGAAUUUGAACAAGUGCUCCUUCUUCCCUAGUGCCAUUAGAGCUGGAAUGGGCUGCCCGAAUCAGCCAGGAAAAGCAAUGACUUAGCAGAGUCAUGUCGCUAAUUAACAAUCACAACAUGAAUACACAAAAGACAUAAUUAUAUUAAAGGAGCUAUCUUGAAGGAAUGUCUAUUUAAAAAUAAGGAGAGCUUGUGAGUGACAGAGUGUCUGUGUUGAAUUUCAAUAUUUUAUGUCACCCAAGUCUCCCUUGUGACUGCAGACAUUGUUGAAGACUGGGUGAGUGUCCUCAGCACUUGUCCAGCUGGAGGACUUGAUAUAAAAUACUUUAAUCGAUACAUGAAGUCAAUCAGAUAUUUUUUUUGUUUAUGACCUAAUGCUUACAACUGAUGUUUAUAAUCUCAUGGUUGAGUGCAAUGAAUCCCUAAUGUCACAUUUGACUUCUCAUGUCAUAUACUAAAUAAAACACACAAGUAAAUAUAUUACUUUUCUUACUGUAUUAUCAUAGGCUUUGUUUUAAACCUAAAUUUUAAUUUAAACUGUAGUGCAUUGUAACCUCUUUAAGAAUUAAGAGCUGGUAAAUGAUUACACUAAAAUGUACACAGAAAUCACACUCUAGCUCCUGAGGAUAUAAAAACUUCAUUUGGAUGUUUCGCCAUCUUUGAUAGAACACAUAUUUCUUGCUAUGACCGAAAAUGUACUUUAAAACAACUGGGUGUGUGUUACAUAAGUAUGUUAACCAUAUCACAAGGUCCAAUUAGUCAAUACACCAACAAAUACCUAAUAGUUUAUGUAUGUAACAGGUCUGACAUUUGUCAAUGUAUCCUAAAAUUUUCUUAUUCUAGAUUUAAAAAAAAAACCUGAUUUAAGAUGUACAAUACAUUAUUGACAUAAUGACUUUUUUUUUUGUUACUGCUGUUGUUUUAAUGAUUAUUGCUUUUUGUGUAGUAAAUUAUUUUAGUAUUUUGUUUAUUUGAAUUAUCAAAUUGAUUUGCUUGUUUCUGCUAGUAAAUUUUUUUUUCUACUUUGUUGAAAGCAGUAUUUUUAUUUUGCCUGAUGAUCAUCGUAAAACUCUGAAGGUCACACACUGAUUUGUUCUCCACAAAAUUGAUUUGAAUCUAUUCAUAUGUCAUGUUAGUUUUGACCAAAAAAAAAUCAUAUUGUUUGUGUUAAAUGUUAACAAAUUGUGCUCUUUUUUAUUUGUAAUGUUAGGUUGCUGGUUCUGUGACGUAAAAUUUUAUUCCUAAUUAAAUAAUUGGCAUUAGCAAGCAAUGA